AUGCAUAAACCCAGAGUACAUGUUUUAAUCGAUUGUUAUUGUCCAAUUCAAAUUCAUAAGAAAAUUCAGAGUCAUUAUUACGUUUUUGUUGGAGGAGGAGAAGAAAAUCAUGGGCUUGAAAUUCAUGAUAUAACAUAUGAUCAGUAUCAAUCAGAUUAUACAUGUUCUUCAUUACCCACUGACUUUAAUGAGGAUUCAGGUUCUAGUGGAGAUUUAGGUUCUAGUGGAGAUUUAGGUUCCAGUAGAGAUUCAGGUUCCAACAGGAAUUCAGGUUCCAAUGAGGAUUCAGGUCCCAAUGGGAAUUUAGGUCCCAACAGGGAUUUAGGUCCCAAUGGGAAUUCAGGUCCUAAUAGGGAUUCAGGUCCCAACGAGGAUUCAGGUCCCAACAAAGACUCAGGUUUCAACAGAGACUCAGGUUCCAAUGAGGCUUCAGGUUCUAAUGGGGCUUCAGGUUCCGAUAAAGCUUCAGAUUCAGAUGAGAUCUCAGAGUCCAAUGUGUACUCAGGUUCUGGUUCUUAA